ACCAUUAUGUAUAUGAUGUUAAUGACCACAUAAUGUGUUUUCAUUCAUAGAUGGUCUGUGGUUACUUAUAGCAUAAAUUUGGUCAAAAUUCCAUAGAUCGGUGUUUUAAAUUAGCAUGAGCUAAAUAAAACCAACAAAGUGUCUUAGAAAAGUGUUGGGCUGCUCGAAACAUGCACUGAACCCUCAUGUCCUGUGGAUAACAGCAUUGUAACAACGAAGGACAUCAUGCACAUUACACAUUCACACCAGGGGCAAUUUACAGUAUGCGCAGGGACAAAGCAUACAGGCAGUAACCCGAGCUCAGGAGAGAACCCGGCCACCUUGAACCCAAAUCACACAUGUAAAAUGUCCUCCACGUUCACCUGUCUGUAGAUAUGCUUAAUUUAGUCUGCAGUGGAAUUGCACUGGAAGACAUUUGCAAUCGUGAUGUCAAGGCUUAUUUAAGAGUGACAGCUGUCACCCUGUGUCACCUAGCCACGAUGCAAAACUACUUUAUCACUCACAAAAAACCUGAAAUUAUAGCAGAGAAGUUGGGAUUUACGCGCGUCUAAAAGUCAUUAGAGAAACUGCGCGCGUUCCUCUAGUGAAUAAAAGAGUUAGACUGCAGUUUGAUUGGACUGUUUGCCUUGCAGUUGAUAAGUUUUUGUUAGUUUUGUGGAACUGCGGGAUCCGGAUUAUGUCCCCUCCUUCUGUUUGUCGCUGCUGGAUUUCUGCUAGUCUCCCUUGUUAAGUGUAUUUGGACAGAGCCCCUAUUGUUCCCAGCCCACUCCUACCUAAUAUGGCAUUCUCGUGGAAAGCCCCAGUUUCCUGAAACGAGCGACAAGAAGCCGGCGAAUGGCGAAGGCAGAUCUGAGUGUGAGAGACAAAAUGUGAAAGACGUUUCAGUGUAGUACACGGAGACUGCACAAUGACGGGAUGAAAGCUGGCGGAUUGUUUGGAUAUUCAGGCGAAUCCGCGGCUGAAGGCUCCUGUUUGUUCUGGAAGCGCGGGGGACAACAGUGCGGCUCACCGACCUGACGGAUCAUCCUGAGGGUUUGGACUGGUUUAAACUAAGGCCCUCAGCGUCUUGUUACAAACCACAAAAGGACAAGGAUUAAAGUAUUCCGUGCGUUAUAAGGGAAUAGAGAGGGAGAAAGACAGCAUUAGGCUAUCAUGCCUGCUCGUAGUUCCAGAAGUAAGCAGCGUGCCGGCGCUGAGGAAGGAGCGGAGAGCGCGGAGCCCUUCACCAUUUCUGUUAAAAAGAUGCUGAAAUGUGUGGUGGUCGGUGACGGAGCUGUUGGCAAAACCUGCUUACUCAUGAGCUACGCCAAUGACGCUUUCCCUGAGGAAUAUGUACCGACUGUGUUUGACCAUUACGCAGUAAAUGUUACCGUAUCUGGCAGACAGCACUUGUUGGGGUUGUACGACACAGCUGGGCAGGAAGACUACAACCAGCUGCGGCCCCUUUCCUACCCCAACACUGACGUGUUCCUCAUCUGCUUCUCUGUUGUGAACCCUGCCUCUUUUUACAACGUGCAGGAAGAAUGGGUUCCUGAGCUCAAGUCCUGCAUGCCUCAUGUGCCAUACAUCCUCAUAGGCACACAGAUUGAUUUGCGAGACGAUCCAAAGACACUGGCCCGUUUGCUCCAAAUGAAGGAGAAACCCCUGACAUACGAGCAAGGCCUCAAGCUGGCCAGAGAUAUCGGCGCACAGUGCUACCUCGAGUGUUCAGCGCUGACCCAGAAGGGACUAAAGACAGUGUUUGACGAGGCCAUCCUGACAAUCUUCAGCCCCAAGAAGACGAAGAGGUGCUGUAUAUCAUGCAGGAGCUGCUGUACUAUUGCAUGAUUGCAGCACCUUUAGGUAUACCGCCUAGUGAGCAUCAGCAAACAUCAUGGAAUUUUUCUAUUUAAGGCAGGAAAAAGACAUGGCACAAGUUCCUUCAGUACCGUAAGGGGGACAUGAGACACAGCUGAGAGUCUUCCAGCACCUCCAAAUCAAUGUGUAUUUUGCAUCAACACUACUGUCAUGCAAAUGAGAACAAAUCACACUUCAGCCAAUUUAUUUUCUACAUAAUAAUAAUUAUUAUUAAAUUAUACUUCAGAUUCAAGGCUUUUCAGUUGUUUUCUCACAUUUUCUGUAAUGUGACUCGUACAGAGACGUUGACACUAAAAACACGUCACGCUUCACUGAAUUCGAGUGGAUCUAAAUGAACGCAAUGUGUAUAUCGGCUCUGCUUACAUUUAACUGUGAUAAAGGAGUUUCCCUUUGGGAUUUGGAAACUCAAAUCUAUGUAGAUGCCUAGUUUGCUCCUUCUUUAAGCGCCUCGAUCAAGUGCCUCGAUCAACUUCCAGUCGUUCUAUUCGUGUUCAUGCCAAAGACAGAUUGCUUUCUCAUCUUAAGCUUUAGACAGAGACACAGGUCUCGAAAUUGCCCCAGUGUGACUUUCUCAAUUACCAGUCCACAACAUCUUGUUUUCCAGCUAUAGGUUAUUUUAAGUUUCCUACAUUAUAAGCUUUUCAAAGUGAAAGAAAUGUUGCAAAUCCAUUCCUCUGUACAUGGUGAUUUAUUUAAAAAAAUUUUUUUUGCUUUUGCUUCAGAUCAAUAACAUGCUUUUUCUACAGCCAUAUCCUGUGAUAGUUAAUAAGGGAAAUUCUCAGGAGGCUGGCCAAGUCAUCAAUAAAGAGAGCAGAUACAGAAAGAGAAUGGUAGAAAUGAGAGGAAACAACAGGAUUUAAAACAAAACAAACCCAGUGGUGCUACACGGAAGAUUGCUCUUACUCUAUGAAACAAAAUUACGCAGGCUAAAUGUAUCUCUUUAUGUUUCUAUGAGAUGAUCUUUUCAGAUGAUCUUGAGAAACUAACCAGGAUUUCAGUUGCAGAAGUGCCGCCAGCUACAGCAACAUCUGCAGUUUAACCACAGUAUUUUAUUUAUAGCUAUUGUGUAGCAGUGCAGGAGCCACCUGAUUUUACUGAUAUUACUGAAUUCUCCCCAUUUUCUUUCUCAUUCCAUCCCAUGGAGGACAUUUUGGCUUCCCCCUACACACACACACCCACACACGCACAUACACACACACCAUGGCCAAUUUAUUUGUUCUCUUGGCUCCUGGCUACAGAUGGUUGAGACAUCAUCAGGAUUUGAACUCACCUUUUGACCUGAGAAGAAAACACUCCUGGGGAAUCUGGUGGGUUAAAAAUAAAAAAGAUGCUUAUGUAGUGGACACUCAGAUUUUUGCCCUGCUUUUUUCCUGGAACACCUCCUUAAAGAAAAUUAGCUGUCUCAUCCACCUACAUGACCUUUUUUGAUCAAAUUCAAUUGCUUCUUCCUGUCUGCUUGGAUUUUCUUGUUGGCACUUCUGCAACAGUGGUGCUAUGAAAAUCCUCAGGCCAUGAAACAGAUGCUCUUAGGAUCUGCAUUUUACAACUGUACAUGUCAAUACAACAAAGAACCAAGACUUUAUCAGAAGUCUAGCCUCUGUGGUAAUCUUCAACAGCAAUCAUACACUGUUUUACUGCUCCCAUUCUGCCAAAUCGACCUCCUCAUUCCAGCCUAUUUAAGAAAUCCAGAAACACAUGAAGCUUAGUCGUCAUCCCUCAUCUUUUUCCAAAGGUCCUUUGGAGCAGCCAGGGGUCUAUAAAUCAUGUUGAAUCACUGAUCUGCCUUGGAAUAGCGCAGAAGUUCAGAAACGUUCUCGUAUUCAUUUAUAGACUUCUAGGAUCUGAUAUAACACCAACACACACACAUCUGGUCUCAAUGCUGUUUAAAUGCACUCCUUCCUUGGCACAAAAUUCAUUUGCCUUGGUGUAUACUGGUUGCCUUUGCGAGGCACCUCAGGGACGCAAGCCACCUCCUCAAUGAGCCUGAAUCCACGUGCCUUCCAUGUAGCAGAGUUAAGUUACUUUUCUCUCUUUUUUUCCCCCAGACACUGUGCCUUACACCAUUCUAUGCACCAUACUGUGUACUGUAAUCAUUAACUAUAACUUGACCUGUGUAUCUUUUUUUUUUCUUUUUUGUAUAUGUAUUAUUUACAUUAUCAUACAGUUUUAUUUACUACAUCAGUAUAUGUCUAAUAAACCAAUAACUUGGUGUA